UACUAUAUACUUCCGGGGUGAAAGGUGAAACUUGUCCUUCCAUGUUCCUCUUGUUUAUGAGGGUAGAUUUGUCUUUUUACUUUAGUAGAAAUUGCUGAAACUAACGCAGACUGAGUAAGUAAAGUCAGCAGUGUGAAAUAUGUCGUCUGAUAAACCACGUGGACCUGCUUUACCCCGGAAGUUCAGACAGGAGGAGAGCGAUGAAGACUCUGAUAGCGAUGAAGGGUUCUCUGGCCCUGCUCUGCCUCCCGGAUAUAAACGAGGAGGACCGUCCAGCUCCUCUGAGGACAGUGAACAGGAGGUGAUGGUCAAAAGAGCCAAAACAGCUGCAGAGAAGGUGGAGAACACAAAGGUACAAGAAAAAGAUGAUGAUGGUUUCUUUGGACCGGCCCUACCACCAGGUUUCAAGAAACAACAGAGUUCACCAGAAAGGCCACCUGUGCUGGGACCAGCUUUGCCUCCUGGGUUUCGCAGAGCAGCAUAUGAAAACGAUGAUGAUGAUGAUGAUGAUGAUGGUGAAGAUGGAGAGGAUUUCCCAGGGCCUGCCCUGCCCCCUGGCUACCAGGCCGAGUCCUCCAGCAGCGAGGGAGAGGAUGAGGAUGUGAUCGGACCCAUGCCGACCACAGAGCCUAUUGAGAACCCUGUGGCACGGGACUUUGAGCGCAGAGCACGAAAGAUGAAAGAGAAGCUGACAGGAGAUAACACUCCUGAAGUGGUGGCCAGAGAAACAUGGAUGACAGAGCUCCCACCAGAACUGCAGCACAUUGGUUUGGGGGCUCGAACCUUCAAGAAGAGGUCGGGUCCAGCGAACAAGGAUCGCUCCAUUUGGACAGAUACACCAGAGGACACGAAGCGCAAGACCGAGGAACGCCUUGAGAGAAAGCAGAAGGGUCUAGUGGAGGAAGAGGAUGUCCCACAACUACCCCAGAAGGACGUGGAAAUGGCACACAAAGUGUCUAAGUAUAACGAGUCUAAACGUGCUGAGUCUCUGGUGAGCAUGCACACAAAGAAGAUGAAGGAAAAAUCAAAGGAGAAGGUGGACAAACCAGUGGAGAGGAGAGCAUUCGAUCGGGACGAAGACCUGCAAGUGAAUCGCUUUGAUGAAGCGCAGAAGCAGCGGCUGCUGAAGAAAUCUCAGGAACUGAACACACGAUUCUCCCACAGCAGGGACCGAAUGUUCCUGUAACAAAUUGUAAGAAACAUGUUUAAACAGGCAGACCUCCAGUUACAUUCUGGCUAGUGAAGUUUGCAUUCAGGUUUUUGUACAAUAUGUUUGUAUGGAUACUCAUCUGUUACACAAAUGGAGAAUAUAAUGUAAUCAAACAGUCUACAAAGACAUGACAUGACUAUUUAUGGGAGUUCAUGUCACUGACCGGGGGCAAUGCUGCAGCAAAUGUUUCAAACUGCAGCCAGCUUGUAUUUUUUCCAGUAUACACUGUAUUAAGGCUGAGGAUAUGGGAGGAAACAUUCAAAUAAAUGACAUAUUUUUCCUACAUUGAUAUAUAGUGAUUGUUUUUGUGAAAAACCUUUUUGUACGGAUUGCUGUAAAAUGCAUUGUUAUUCUGCGUGCACUCCCUUGUAGCUUUGCUUCCAUGUGUCCAAUAAACAAAAAAAAGUAAGUUCA